GAGAGCGCGCGCGCGCGCGAGAGAGAGAGAGAGAGAGAGAGAAAAAGAAAGAAAAAGAGAAAAAGAACAAAAGGAAGAGCGCGCGGGUGUUCCGAAAAAGAAGCUGCUCGAGGAAGAAGAAAGAGAGGCGGCUUGAGGCGAAAGCCCUUCGCGACCGCGCGCGUUGGCCAUGACGUCGUCCUCGUGAUCGGCGCUGAAGGUGCUCGUGUGCCCUCUCGUUGUAUGUGAAGCGUAGCCGUACACAGCUCCCCCCGCCGGCAACCCUCCUUUCUUCCCGUAUCUCGCCGUCGCCGUCGCCGUCGCCGCCGCCCCCGCCGCCGCCGCCGCUGCGCGCGUACAUCCGUCGUUCCGCUCCGCUGUGUUGUUUGUGUUGGCCACGUAUGCGUGCGGUUCGUGCGACCGGUAGAUAAAUGUCUCUCAGCCAUGCCCGCCGUGCGGAAGUACCGGAGGGAUACCAGCGAGGUGAGCUGCUGCCUCAAGUACGUGAUCUUUGGAUUUAACGUCAUGUUCUGGGUAAGUCCGCCUAUCGACGACCGUUCCGUUAAUUCCGACUCGCUCGACGCACGUGGCUCGGUCUGGGCAUUAUGGGGGUGGGUGUCUGGGCAUGGACCGAAAAGGACACCUUCAACAACCUGUCCCGCCUCACAAACAUCGCGCUCGAUCCAGCAUUUAUCCUUAUUCUAGUCGGUGAGUACCGCUGCUUUCCUCUCCCGUGCCAUUUUCCUCCUUUCCUCGCCCCAUUUGCUCUCUCGCGUUCGCCUCACGACUUUCGGA